AUGGCUGAUUCUUCUUCCUCUACGGCAGGGAAAUUGGGUAAUAAUGUGAGCGAAGAAGCAGUAAGGAAAGCUGUAAACGCUCUCCUCGAAUGGAAGAAACUCCAGUGCAAAAGCACCACCACCCCACGAGAACCCACGGAAGGAGAUGAAGAAAACGAUGAUGAUGAUGAUGAUGAUUCGAUCUACCUGGUUGUGAGUCUCAGGAGACUCCCACCCAAACGCCUCUCCCAGGUAUCAAAUCCCAAAAAAAAACCAACCAAACACCUCUCCCGGGUAUCAAAUCCCAAAAAAAAACCAACCAAACACCUCUCCCAGGUAUCAAAUCCCAUCAAAACCCCACGCAAAAACCGCUCCCAGGUAUCAACUCCCAUCAAAAUCCCACUCCCCCACUCCCUCCAAUCCUUCUCCGAUAUCUGCCUAUUUGUGUGCAACAAGCCCACUCAGAUCCUUUGCAACACCGUCAAGACCACACUCGACCCCGAGGCCGUACUGAAGAGGAUGAAAUCCCUAGAUAUCCCAAUCACCAGAGUUCUCAAGCUCUCCAACCUCAAAUCCAACUUCAAAUCCUUAGGGGCCAAGCGAAAGCUAUACGAUUCGCAUGACUUGUUUCUGGCAGAUCAAAAGGUGAUUCGUUUGCUUCGGGAUGUACUGGGGAAGCGAUUUUACAAGAACAAGAAGAGGGGUCCAGUGCCGGUGGAGUUGAAGGCUGAUGGGAACUGGAAGGAGGAGAUCGAUGCAGUUGCUAAUGGUAAAUCGACUUUGUUGCGUUUUGGGAAGGGGAAAAGUACUGCGGUGAAGGUUGGGAAUGGGAAUGGAGUUAUGGAUAAUCAAGAAAUAGUGGACAAUGUUAUUGCUGCUAUAGACGCAAUCGUUUCUCUUGUUCCCAAUAAGUGGGCUGGCAUUACCGUUCUAUACUUGAAGCUUUUGGAUUCUAUGGCAUUGCCCAUUUACGACACAGAAGGCAAUGCAUAG